AAACAGAGAUGAAAUGGAGAAGUCAAGGAAACUGGGAUCAGUGAAAGAUGAGGACCAGCAUUAUCAUCAGGGUGCGGUGGAGCUGCUGGUCUUUAACUUUUUGCUCAUCCUCACCAUACUAACCAUUUGGCUGUUUAAAAAUCACCGAUUCCGCUUUCUGCACGAAACGGGAGGCGCCAUGGUCUAUGGUCUCAUCAUGGGAUUAAUUCUGCGGUAUGCAACGGCACCGUCUGAUCUUGAGAAUGGAACUGUCUACGAUUGUGAGCAGCUCAAAGUUGGCCCACCCACUCUGCUUGUUAAUAUCACAAAUCAAGUCUAUGAGUAUCAAUACAAAAGGGAAAUCAGCCGGCAUAACGUCAACGCACACCAAGGCAAUGUGAUGCUACAAAAGAUGACCUUUGAUCCUUCAAUCUUCUUCAACGUUUUACUACCUCCUAUUAUAUUUCAUGCUGGAUACAGUUUAAAGAAAAGACAUUUUUUUCGCAACUUGGGAUCAGUACUAACAUAUGCCUUCUUGGGGACUGCAAUUUCUUGUAUAGUGAUAGGGUUGAUAAUGUAUGGUUUUGUAAAAGCCAUGGUCCAUCUCAGGCAGCUGAAGAGUGAAGACUUUCACUUCACUGACUGUUUGUUCUUCGGUUCUUUGAUGUCUGCUACAGAUCCAGUGACAGUCCUGGCUAUUUUCCAUGAGCUCCAUGUCGACACAGAUCUCUACACACUCCUUUUUGGCGAGAGUGUCCUAAAUGAUGCUGUGGCCAUAGUUCUUACAUACUCAAUAUCAAUUUACAGCCCCAAGGAGAACCCCAACGCUUUUGAUGCUGCUGCCUUCUUCCAGUCAGUGGGGAAUUUUCUCGGGAUCUUUGCUGGAUCAUUCGCUAUGGGGUCUGCCUACGCUGUUGUCACGGCUUUAUUGACAAAGUUUACCAAGCUGUGCGAGUUCCCUAUGUUGGAAACAGGUCUCUUUUUCCUUUUGUCUUGGAGUGCCUUCUUGUCUGCUGAAGCUGCCGGUCUUACAGGAAUAGUGGCAGUCCUUUUUUGUGGAGUCACACAGGCCCAUUAUACUUACAACAAUCUGUCAGCAGACUCCAAAAUGAGAACUAAACAGAUGUUUGAGUUCAUGAACUUCUUGGCUGAGAAUGUUAUCUUCUGCUACAUGGGAUUAGCACUGUUUACUUUCCAAAAUCACAUCUUCAAUGGAUUGUUUAUAUUUGGAGCAUUUGCAGCAGUUUUCAUAGCAAGAGCUUGCAACAUAUAUCCACUUUCCUUUAUUCUCAAUUUGGGCCGAAAACAAAAGAUUCCCAGAAAUUUUCAGCAUAUGAUGAUGUUCUCAGGUUUACGCGGUGCAAUAGCAUUUGCUCUGGCAAUACGGGACACAGAGUCGCAGCCUAAGCAAAUGAUGUUUACAACAACUUUACUCAUUGUGUUCUUCACAGUCUGGGUGUUUGGAGGGGGCACUACACCGAUGCUUACAUGGCUCCAAAUCAGGGUUGGUGUUGAUCCAGAUGAGGAUCUGAAGACAGAAAUUGCCUAUCACCAGACUGCAAAUAACCUGGAUAAAAAUACAACCAAAGCAGAAAGUGCCUGGCUCUUCAGAAUAUGGUACGGUUUUGAUCAUAAAUAUUUGAAACCCAUUCUCACCCAUGCUGGGCCACCACUUACUACAACUUUGCCAGAAUGGUGUAAUCCUGUCGCCAGAUUGUUGACUAGCCCUAGAGCAUACGGGGAGCAACUGAAGGAUGAUGACAUGGACUUUAUUGUCAAUAACGACGAACUGGCAAUAAAUUGUGCAACCUCAGACUCUUCUCCGAUGCCAGCACAGAGCUUGGGAGAUGCACCCCACCCUCUGGGCAAAGAAAACAUUUAUGAAGGGGACCUUGGCUUAGGAGGGUAUGAACUCAAAUCUGAAUCUACUCCAGGGGAAUCCUCAGCCUGAAGUCCAGUGAAAAUCUACAUGACAAGAAGCACAAGGAGGAAUGCAAGCCAUGCUUAUUCUGCAAAGUUAAGCAAGAAGCUCAAAAUGUAUUAUGGGCAUAAACUGAAAAGAAGUACAACUUUGCUGAAUCUGUCCCUGAAGCCUGCAGCAAUGAGAAUUUAUUACCAUCCCAUAU